GUCUCUUCGUUACAUCAGUUGUCUGGUAAACACGAAGCAUUGUAGACGCGCUCAACCAAGGUUCAAAAGUGAAAUUUCGGUACGCGGAUAUUCGCCAUACAAAUAAGCCAUGGUUAUCGCUGAAUAUUGGAAAGCGGACUACCUCUUCUGGGUAUUCCCCGCGAUGAUAGCUGCCGGUCUACUCAGCGGCAUCGGUCUACUGCUUAUACUACUCGGGAUCAAAUUCUACGCACGGUAUACUUGCGGGAUGUACAAACGAAAGACCAAGAUGGAUGGGAAGACGGUGAUAAUAACUGGCUGUAACUCUGGUAUUGGCAAAGAGACUGCUAAAGACCUGGCUAUGAGAGGUGCAAGGGUCAUCAUGGCUUGUAGGAAUGUUGAAGUCGCGGAGAAAGUCAAAGAUGAAAUUAUCGAUAUUACGAAAAAUAAAAACGUGAUAGUGAAGAAACUAGAUCUCAGUUCAUUUGCAUCUAUACGCGCCUUCGCUGAUGACAUAAAUAAAACUGAACCACGUUUAGAUGUACUCAUACACAACGCCGGUUACGCAGACCUUCUUAUAAAAAGAAAAUCAGCAGACGAUAUUGAAUUAACACUGGCAACAAAUCAUUACGGACCAUUCUUACUUACACAUUUAUUAAUUAAGCUAUUAAAAAAGUCAUCACCAUCUCGUAUAGUAGUAGUCGCUUCUUCGUUAUAUCGCUUAGGUUAUUUUAACAUUAAUAAUCCGAAUCCAGUAAACGAUUUCUCUGGUUACCAAUAUUACGUAUCAAAAGAAGCGAACAUACUCUUCACAAAGGAAUUAUCUCGUAGAUUAGAAGGCACAGGAGUUACUGUUAAUUGCUUACACCCUGGUUUGAUCGAUACUGGUAUUUGGAACUCUAUUCCGAGACCUUUAUCAUGGUUCUGGAAUUUGGUUAUAAAAGGUUUCUUCAAAACACCAACUGAAGGUUGUCAGACUACCGUCAUGCUGGCAGUGGACGAGGAUCUUUUGAAAACAACAGGAAAGUAUUUCUCCGAUUGUCAAGAAAGUUCGGUAUCGAGUACCGCAAGUGAUAUGAAAAGAGCGAAAAAACUAUGGGAGAUAUCGGAGAAGAUGGUCAAAUUGGAUGAAAACGAUCCAAGGAUAUAAUAUGUAUAUCUUUUGUUUGUUUAUUAUCUGUGUUUUCACUGCCGAAACAUCUGUAUAAAACAUACUGUCAAACCUGCGUAAGUAUAGGGCAUGGUAGGGUUAGUCAAACCCUUCCCCCUAAAGACAUGGUUAAAAAAUGGGGGGGUU